GGCACAUACCGUUAAUUGAUACCAAAUGGAUCCAGUUGAUUUACUUCGUACCUCCACAUUUAACACACAUUUACACACAAUACAUACAGAAUACAAUACAAACAAACACUGUCUACACAUUUCUUCCUCUUUCAAUUUGGACAUGAUUUAUUCCUUGUAGCAUAUAUCUUACGCUCUGUCUUCCCCCCCCCCUUAUCAAAAUGUCCAAGUCGCUCAACAAGCGUAGCAAGCUUGCCGAGCUAAAAGCUCUGCGCGCUGCUGGUAAGAAGGCUUACGACUCUUACGAGGUACAAGAAGAUCAAGAUCUAUACGAGGAAGUCGACGAAAAUCAGUACAAAAAGAUUGUUCGCGACCGUCUGAACCAAGAUGACUUCGUCGUCGACGACAAUGGCGAGGGUUACGCUGACGAUGGAAGAGAGGAAUGGGACCGAGUACAUACAUAUGAAUCUGAGAGUGAAGACGACACAUUGCUAGGAGGGAAGCCUCGCAAGUCAGAUAAGAAGAAGCGCGAUGAGGAAAAGGCAAAACGGGACGCUAAUGACCGCGACAUCAGCGAAUAUUUCAUGAAGGGUCAGACCACUACCCAACAAAAACCCAAGGUCGUAAAAACCGAAGACGAUGAAAGGUUCUUGGCGGACCUACUAGGCGAGGUUGAUGCAAACGUACCUGCUCCAGUAUCGCGGGCCCCGAAGCGACAUCGAUCCCCCGAACGACGCCGAGCUCGUGCUCUAUCGCCCGUCCGGGGAAAUAGACAACCGGUCACAAAGAAGGCGAGACUAAGUGAGGAACGCUCAUCGCCUGCGCCUCAGGCACAAGAAGUUUCCGUUGACGACGAUGCAUUCCUCCCAACUAUGGACGAUGACGAUUUCCUGCCACCAGCGGAUGACGUACUUAUGAGUGACUCUGCUCCUGUUCCUUCGUCUCCUACUGCAAAGGUUGCCGCGCGAAAGGCCCAAAUCAAGGUCGAGCCCGUGGAAGAAGAAGACGAAGAUAUGAUGGAGGUUUCUCAUGCUGGAACAAUAAACGCCGCCAGCGUAAACUUAUCUGCAUCUCGACCUAUCAAAAAGCUGGUCAAACCUGAGCCGUACCCUACGCCUGCUAGCUCGUCUCCAACGAAAGCUGCCGAGCCCGAUAUUGAUUCAUCAUCGUGGAAUGAUCUCACAAAUAAGCUGAAUGUCGUCAGCAGCUCUCCCGCUGAAACUCGAAGCAUCGGCAAAAUUGAUUAUAAAGAUGCUAUCGAGGAGGACGGUAGUCUCAAUAUGUUCUGGACCGACUAUACGGAAGUCAAUGGCUCGCUCUGCUUAUUCGGAAAAGUCUUGAACAAGAAAACGAAUGCUUAUGUGAGCUGCUUUAUCAAGGUUGACAAUAUUUUGAGGAAGUUGUACUUUCUACCUCGCCAAUAUCGUCAAAAGAACGGACAGGAUACAAGCGAAGAAAUAGAAAUGACGGAUGUCUACUCGGAAGUAGACGAUAUCAUGACUAAAAUGAAAGUCGAUAUCCAUAAGAUAAAGCCCUCUACCAGGAAAUAUGCUUUUGAGCUCCCUGGCAUCCCGAAGGAAGCGCAGUACCUAAAAUUAUUAUAUCCUUACACAAAGCCGCAAAUCAACCCUGAGAUAGUUGGCGAGACCUUCUCGCAUGUUUUUGGUACCAAUACCGCAUUGUUUGAGCAGUUUGUGUUAUGGAAGAACAUCAUGGGGCCAUGUUGGCUCAAGAUAAAAGAUGCCGACUUCGGUGCUAUCAAGAACGCUUCUCAUGCCAAACUCGAGGUCCUUGUCAAUGAUCCUGAUACGAUCGCCCCCAUGAGCGAUUCCGAUAACCUGGACGCACCUCCAUUGACUCUCAUGAGUAUUGUUAUGCGGACCGUUUCCAACGCCAAAGACAACAAGCAGGAGAUACUUGCGAUAAGCGCUCGUAUCUAUGAGAAUGUCUUGCUUAGUGAUACUACACCUGCCGAGAAGCUCCCUUCAAGGACGUUCACGUUGAUGAGGCCGAAUGGAUCAGCAUUUCCCCUUGGUUUCGAUAAAUUAGCGAUGAGCAGGAAGAAAGCACUCGUGAAACUAGUGAAACAGGAGUCAGAGAUACUGUCUUUCUUCUUAGCACAAAUCGAUCUUAUCGAUCCAGAUGUAAUUCUUGGUCACCAACUAGAAGGUGUCGACUAUAGUAUUCUGUUGAAUCGAUUACACGAGAAGAAGACACCCCAGUGGUCGCGGCUUGGGCGAUUACGCAGAACAACAUGGCCAACAUCCAUAGGGAAAACGGGUGGCAAUGUAUUUGCGGAACGCCAGCUUAUGGCUGGUCGUCUCUUGUGUGACCUUGCCAAUGAUGCUGGCAAGUCUGUCAUGUACAAGUGCCAGUCCUGGAGUUUGACAGAGAUGUGCAGUCUCUACCUCGGUGGCGAUGUCCAUAGACGAGAUUUCGAUAACGAGGCUGCUCUGAAGACAUGGGCAUCGGACAAGUCAGGCUUAAUGGACUACAUAACUCAUAUGGAAGCAGAUACAUAUUUCAUCGCCGCGCUAGCCUUGGGUACGCAGAUGCUGCCUUUGACGAAGGUCUUGACGAAUUUAGCAGGAAAUUCGUGGGCCCGAACUUUAACAGGAACUCGAGCCGAACGCAACGAGUACAUUUUAUUGCAUGAAUUCCAUCGCAAUAAGUAUAUUUGCCCUGACAAGCAGUUUUUCAAGGGACGGCCUAAAGCUGAAGAAGAGAACAAUGAAGAGGAAGCUACAGAUAGUAAAAAGAAGGAUAAAUACAAGGGUGGUCUUGUUUUCGAGCCAGAAAGGGGGCUAUACGACAAAUUCGUAUUGGUUAUGGAUUUCAACUCCCUUUAUCCUUCCAUCAUCCAGGAGUUCAACAUCUGCUUUACAACAGUCGACCGGAGUUCACUUUCGGAUGAUGAUGAUGCUGUACCGGAGGUACCGACGCAACAGGAGCAAGGCAUAUUGCCAAGACUGAUCGCCACUCUCGUUAGUCGACGACGGUCGGUCAAAUCGCUCAUGAAGGAUAAGAACGCUACAACUGAGCAGCUUGCCACAUGGGAUAUUAAACAGCUUGCUUUGAAGUUGACAGCCAAUUCUAUGUACGGUUGUCUAGGAUACACCAAAUCUCGCUUCUAUGCAAGACCUCUUGCCAUCCUUACGACCUACAAAGGCCGUGAGAUCCUUCGAAGUACCAAAGAACUCGCCGAGUCGAAAUCACUCCAAGUUAUUUAUGGUGAUACCGAUUCCGUCAUGAUCAACGCUAACGUGGAAUCGGUCGCGGAUGCACUCAAGGUUGGCCAGGAGUUCAAGAAGGCCGUUAACGAGCGAUAUCGCCUCUUGGAGAUCGAUAUUGACAACGUAUUUAGACGUAUCUUGCUACAGGCCAAAAAGAAGUAUGCGGCUAUCAACCUCGUAGAAGUACCUGGUGGUAAGUAUAUCGAGAAGAUGGAAGUUAAGGGUCUCGACAUGAAACGCAGAGAAUACUGUGCUCUGUCGAAGGAGAUUUCGUCCCGUCUUCUUAACGAAAUCCUAUCUGGCGACGAGACCGAAGUCUCAGUCCAACGCAUACACGAGUAUCUACGCGAGGUCGCGGGCAAGAUGCGAGAGUACGCUGUUCCCGUCCCGAAAUACAUCAUCUAUACACAGCUAGGCAAGGCGCCAAAGGAAUAUCCGAAUGCGGAUACGAUGCCACAGGUCCAGGUUGCUCUUCGGGAAAUGGCACGAGGCAAGCCUGUCCGUCGUGGAGACGUCAUCUCGUACGUCGUUACCGGAGACAGUAAGUCAAGCGAGCCUGUUGCCAAGCGCGCGUACACGCCGCAAGAUGUAAUGAAGCCCGAUUCCGGCCUCAAGGUGGACGUCGAGUGGUAUAUCGGCAAGCAGAUAUUCCCACCUGUUGAACGUCUCUGCGCCAAUAUUACCGGAACAUCAACUUCCCAGCUCGCCGAGCAAUUAGGUCUCGACAUUCGCCGUUAUACGAGCAACUCGACCUUCAAUCAGUCAGGAUCCAACGAUCAUGAAAUCCACCCGCUAGAAUCCCAGAUCCCCGACGAUGUCCGCUUCCGCGACUGUGCCCGCCUCUCACUACGCUGCCGGAAGUGCAAGGCCUCAGCGCCCUUCGAAGGCCUGCUGUCCUCAGAGCAAUCCGAAAACCGCGUCACGCCACAAGGUGUCACGUGUCCGUCGUGUUCGGCGCUCAUCCCCAACCUUAGCAUCGUGGCACAGGUCGAGCGGGCGAUCCGCAACGAGACGGCGCGAUACUACGAGGCCUGGCUCGUGUGCGACGACGCAUCGUGCGGCAACCGCACGCGCCAGAUGUCGGUCUACGGCACGCGGUGUAUGGGUCCGAAAGGCCUGGCGUCGGGUUGCCUCGGCCGCAUGCGUUACGAGUACGGCGAGCGCGACAUCUACAACCAGCUCGUCUACUUCGCGUCUCUAUGGGACGUGGAGAAGGCCCGCGCCAAAGCAAGCUCCGGCGCCACCGGUCUAGGCGGGCAAGGUAACGCCGGCAGCUUGAAUGCCGCCGAGAAAGAGAGGGUCCUCGCUCUUGCGGAACACAACCGCGUUCGCUUUGGCACGGUCAAGAGCGUCGUCGACAAGUACCUCGAUAAGUGCGGUCGCCAGUGGGUGGCGAUGGAUACGCUGUUCGGGAAGCUAGGGUUCGCUGCUGUUUAGGCUGCCAAGGGGUAGUAAGUAAGUGAAUAGGUCAGGUUAGGUACGUACGACGGAAUGAGGCUUGUUCGGGGCUCUAUAGGUACCUACAUAAUAGCGGCUGGCGUUCUGGUAUGGGAUCCGGUUUGGGUCCAUGUGCUUGUUUUAGGUAGUCUAGUUGAAUACUGCAUGUAGCUAAUGGUUUAUAAUGAAUCAAUCUAAAUAUCCUUCAGGA